AUGAGCGCCGCACAAUCGAACGGAACUGCAUCGCUGCUACUUGCACAGCUUGUCCUGCGGUAUGGAGACAGCGAUUUCUCUGUAAUUCAGAGCCAUCUGGACCAACAUCCACUGCUGCAGCGGCCAGCAGCAGCAGCAUCAGAGCUUGAGACACAGUAUGAGGCACUACUACGACAGCACAAGUUGAAACGAGAGCCAGUAUUGGGUCCAGAAGUGCCAUUAUCAGCACCUAUACGGGAGCUGUGCCGUAUCUUGCAUGCAGCACGGAUUGAGGAGCUUAAGGCAGAGAUCCGGCAAGAAGAAGAAGCAUUUGCACGUAUAGUCGAUGAAAUCAGCAGUAUUCAGGCAGGAAAAUGCCCGGAUUGUGAAGAAAUAGAGCCAUCCAGGACAGCAGAAGCAGAAAUAGACGUUUCAGGGGAAAUAGAAGGCUCAGAAGCGGCAGAUGCACAGGAGACGUCGGACAGGGAGGCAUUAGAGGAGAAACAUACAGCAGAAGGAGUGGAGGUAUUGGAAGAAAAGCCGGAGGCGUUGUUGGAGCCGGUUUUGCGUGAAAAAGAGGUAGAAACGCACUCAGCACCUGUUUUAUCGGUCAAAAUCCAGCGGAAAAGCCGGCCAGAGGCAGUAGAAGCACUAGAAACAAGCAUAGAUGUGUCUUCUGAAGAAACCCGGAAAGACCAGCGCUUGGUUUGUGAAAAAGAAGCGAAAGUAGUGCCAGAGAAGCGGGAUAAUCCGUCAGAUGGGACAAAAAGCGGGAAAAAACAUGGAAUUAAGAAAAAUGUGCGUGGGGCAAGCAAAAAGGAACAGACAGAGACAUGGUCGUCGGACCCACAGAGCAACAAUGUGCAUAAAACAGGUGUCUCGGAAACAGCAUCGUUAAAACGGUUUCAAAGCAUGAUUAUGCCUUUAUGGAUGAGUUUGUCGCAACACAAACAUGGUGCAGUAUUUAUGGGGCCAGUUUCAAACAAAGAUGCACCUGGAUAUUCGAAUUUGAUCUAUUUUCCAACAGAUAUGAAGUCGAUUAGAAACAAGAUUCGUGAUGGGAAGAUUAAAACAUCAAAACAAUUUCAUCGGGAGAUUCUAUUAUUAUUUGCGAAUGCAAUUAUGUAUAAUGGUGAAGACAGUACAAUUGCACAGUGGGCAAGGGAGGGUUUUGCAUAUAGCGAGGAAAUGAUUGGUAUAUUUAUGCAAACAGAAUCAAUGGUUGACGGUACAAAAGAAUCGGAAGAAACGCCUAAAUUAAAGAGGAAAAAAGUCUUAUAG